UGUUGUUGUGGAGACAACUGGAAUAGUUCCCAUUGGAAACUACUUCCUUCAUCCUCCUAUUUUCCAUACACUUUCGAUCUCAUUAUUCACACUGUAUUACUUUUUUUUCAGAUUAUAGACAUCUGAUUCACACUCAUCAGUUAUUUUUUCAAUUUUUCGUAAUCCAUUCAUCACACUCAUCAGUUAUUUUUUCAAUUCUCGUAAUCCAUAAAUUAAAAAAGAAAAAAAAAAAAAAUGGUACGCGAAAACCGCAUAGAAACGACAUUCCCUCAAGAUGUGAUUAUAGCGGCUUCUGUAGCAGCGAUAGGGUUUUCAAUUUGGUCACGCUUCAGCGACGGCGCUACGCAUUGCCAGAAAGUGUUGGAGAAGCCUUUGCUAAUACUGGCAGUGUUUCUACUAGUAUUUUCAGUUAUGAUAUUGGUUGGACGCUUUUGCCAUAUCUGCAUGUUUAUCAGCAUUACAUUUAGGAUCUUGGUGUACUUGGUCUAUUUGGGACUCUUCUGUUUAUCGGUUUUCUCAGUUUUAGUCACCAAUAGAAACGUGAGCAGGGCUUUAUAUGGGAGAGGUGGAAAUUACUCACACUACUUGUUGAAGAAGUUUGUGGUGAAUGAAGAGUAUUGGGAGCACAUUAAGGGCUGUUUCGUUGCUUACAGAUUCUGUCAGCGUACUCAAAAACCGGUUUAUUUUUAUACUCAGUCGAGUUGUUGCAAGCCUCCCACUUAUUGUGGCUUUGAGUUUCACAAUGCUACCUACUGGACCAUACCCAAAGCAGGGCCAGCGAUAGCAGACGGUGACUGUAAGAUUUGGAGCAAUGUACAAAAUGAUCUCUGCUUCAAUUGCCAAUCAUGUAGGACAAAAAUCCUUAACCUCAUCCAAGGUGGUUGGAAGAUGUAUUCCUUAGUCUAUUUAAUCACCUUCCUUACCGUACACUUGCUUUAUUGUGUUAUCUGUUGUGUUACCUGGAAGAAGAACAGAUCAAAGGGAUACCAAUGUCCCAAAGUAUACCCUGCAUGACAGAUAUUGGUUCAUUACAUUUCCAUUUUCGUAAUGAUUAAGGUAGAAUCAAAUUAUGAAUUUACCAAACACGAAUUUGUGUUUUUUUUCUAAGACUUUUUUGAAAAGUUAUUUAAUAAAAGUAUUUGUUAAAUUAA